AUGAGUACUAAAAGAAAACAAAAGAAUAUUGAAUAUGAACGAAGUAUAAGUAGUCAAGAAAGUGAUGGGAUCUUUAAAACUCCAAUGAAUACAAGAUCAAGAAAAGGUUCUGUAUCAAGUACUUAUGUAACACCAAAGAAACUAAUAAGGCAGAAUUCUAUAGUAAAUAAACAAAAUAAUGAAAAUAACAGUGGUCCAAUAUUAAUUUUUGAAGGGUUAAUAUUCCCAAUAGUAUUAUUUAAUACUAUGGGUAUUUUUGUAGUAUUAUUGAUAUUAAUUUGUAUAUCUUUAUAUGAAUCUAAUAAUUGGUUAGAUUUAUUUACAGAUUUUUCAUCAUAUAUUCAUUCUUCUGAAUCUCAAUUAAUAGAAACUGAAACUGAUCUUUCAUUUGGAGAGGAUGUUAAAUUGGAAGUACAAGAAGCUUUUAAUGAAAUAUAUGGAGAAGGUAAUAGAGGUAUAUAUAAAGAUGAAUAUGAAGAUUUAGAUGAAUUAUCAUAUAUAUUUGGAAAUAGAAGAUAUUUUAAUAAUGAAUCAAAAAAUAAUACUAUUGAAAAUUAUUUAAAUAAUAAUAUCUUUUCAUUAAAACAAGUAAUAGAUUUAUCUAUAAAUAAAGGGAAAUCAAAAAUAAAUAAAAUACCUUAUCCUUUAACUGAAAUACAAUUUUUUGAUAAUAUUGACUUUCAAAAGGGAAUUUCAAAUUUUUUUUAUAAAAUAAAAAAAAAUAUAUUUUCAUAUUUUCAAGAAUUAGUUGAUACAAAUAAAGAAUUAAAAUUUUUAAUAAAUGAACAAGUUUAUUAUUUAUUAGAUUUUUCUCCAGAAUAUGAAUUAUUAUUACCAAAAAUUUAA